AUGAGCGCCGCAGAGCUGAUUGAAGAGUUCACGUCGCGGUCUGCGACGAGCGCCGCGCUUUUCGUCUAUGACCUCGCCGAGCAGGUCGGCUUUGGCCAGGUCGCGUUGAAGGCAGACGGCGAGCGCGCGUCCACUGCGCGUCUUCAGACCAGGGCCGGCGCUGGCCUCACCCUCGUCGGCCGUCUGUCGCAGAGCACGAGCUACGAGGGCGCUAAGGGUUCCGUCGUCACCGCCUACACCACCCCCGUCGGCAUCUCGGCCAUGGUGCCUUCUCUCGUCUACCUCCCCGCGCCAACUGUGAACAGCAAGCUCGUACUCCAGGUGCCGACGGUCACGGCAGUCGGCGAAUCAUUUUCAUACUCCCCGACUCUGGCUUCUCUGAACACGACGCUCGCGUUGCUUCCGGCGACCUUUUCCAUCGUGCUCUCCGCCACACCCCAGGAGGCCGUCGAUCUCUCCGCCGCCGUUUACCGCACUUCCACGCAUGCCAUCCACUUCUUCGACCACCACGGCGCCACACGCGAGCUCGGCCCGGCUCUUUCGCCCCCAACAACGUCGCAGUCAGAGCUCGGCGUCACUAUACAGUAUGCCGUGAAGGAGGCAGGAUAUGCGCCCUUUGAAUACGCGGGAGACAAAGACGCUACGAUUGUCCUGGCCUUCCUCAACGGCCCUCUGGCUUUGGCCGCAAAGGCAGUGGCGAAGGACACUCCGGGCGUGGGCGUGCUCAUCGUUCGUGUCCUGCGCCCGUGGGACGAGGAUUCCCUGCGUGCCGUCCUCCCGUCCAUCUUAAAGAAAGUCUUCGUCGUGGAGGAUGCGCCCGCGGGCAUCUCACAGGGCGCUCUCUUCGGAGACGUGUUCAGCGCUCUGUUCAACCCCGUCGGGCCCGGCCCGUCGGUCUACGCCAAACUCGUAACGCCGGAGUCCGCGACGCGCUUCGUCAACGAUCCGACUACGUUUACGGGUUUCUUGUCCGAUAUAGUUGGCCAGCCGGUCAUCCAGAAGGCGCCUUCAGUCCCUGCCAGCAAGUUGCUCUUCUUCAGCUCGCCCGGUAGCGCCCUCGCGAACGUGGGCGAGGCAAUCAACAAGACGUUUGCAAAGAGCGCGCGCUUGUCUUCGCGCCUCCUUCCGGCUUUCGACGUUCUUUCGAAGCCUGGAGGCGUCAAGGCUGACCGCAUCCUCUUAUCGUCGAAGGACGCGCCGACGGACUCCGUUCCUCUGUCGUUCACCAUCCCACUCUCGUUUGAGAGCUCGGCGAACUUCCUUGCCGUAUUCGAUCAAGCGCUUCUCAGGUCGCAUUCCCUCCUUGAAUACGCCGCGCCGGGCUCUGUCGUUCUCGUCGUCACGUCCUGGACCGCCGCGGAGUUCGUCUCGAACAUCCCCAAAGAAAGUCUGGAACUCAUUCAGCAGCGCAAGAUUCGCCUCUGCAUCAUUGACGCCAAGGAGCUUGUUGGGCAGCUGGACGCCCGUGGCGAGGAUGCUACCAAGGCGGAAGUGCUUGUUGCCCACCUCGCCUUCCUGCGACUCUACUUCGGCGCCCGCGCUACCGAAGAAGCCGUAUUCAAGGUCGCUGAAGACCUAUACGAGUCGCCUGUCGCAGGUCACGACUUGAAGAAGAUCAACGCACGCGUGUGGACGGCGCUCAAAGAAGUAGACCUUACUGGCGCCGUUGCCGAGAAGGAGGGCCAGGCGCUGAAGGUCUUUGGUUUCAACGCCAUCGCCGUCGAGGCAGACUCAGAGCCUAUCGUGAACGGCGCUCGUCUCGUCUCAUGGCGUGACGCCGCGAAGCACCUGCUCUUCCCGAGCGCCUUCACGCCGCCCGUCGAGCCCACGGCAGAGAAGUACCCCCAGAACCCCGCUUUACGCCCUGAGCUCCCAGAGCGUACCUUCCUCGUCACCUGCACCGUCAACCGCCGCCUGACGCCGGAGGAGUACGACCGCAACGUCUUCCACCUCGAGUUCGAUACGGCCGGUACCGGUCUGAAGUACGAGAUCGGCGAGGCGCUCGGUGUGCACGGAUGGAACGACGAAGACGACGUGCUCGAGUUCUGCGAGUGGUACGGUGCCGAUCCGAACCAGCUCAUCGCCUUGCCCGUGCCUGGCGAAGAAGGUCGCUCGCACGUUCGCACAGUCUUCCAAGCGCUCCAACAGCAGAUCGAUCUCUUUGGUAAACCGCCCAAGUCCUUCUACUCGGACUUGGCCGCGUAUACGAGCGACAGCGUCGAUAAGCAUGCGUUGCAGUUCAUCGGUGCUGCAGAGGGUGCGGCGACCUUCAAGAAGUUGUCGGAGAAGGAUACGGUUACUUUCGCGGAUGUCUUGAAGCGCUACAAGAGCGCCCGCCCGCCGGUCCAGAUCCUGUGCGAACUUGUCGGCGAUAUCAAACCCCGUCACUACUCCAUCGCAAGCGCUCAAAGUGUCGUUGGUGAUCGCGUGGAUCUGCUUGUCGUCACUGUCGAGUGGGCGACGCCGAGCGGAACGCCGCGCUUCGGCCAGUGCACGCGUUACCUGGCCGGCCUGAAGAUCGGGCAGAAGGUGACGGUGUCCAUCAAGCCCAGCGUCAUGAAGCUACCUGCGAGCGACGAGCAGCCUCUCAUCAUGGCCGGUCUUGGUACCGGUGCCGCACCCUUCCGCGCUUUCCUUCAACAUCGCGCCGCUCUCGCGGAGAAGGGCCUCCCCGCUGGCCCGGCGUACUACUACUUCGGCUCGCGCAAGCAGUCUGAAGAGUACCUAUACGGUGAAGAGAUCGAAGCCUUCAUCCGCGACGGAGUCAUCACCAAAGCCGGACUCGCGUUCUCUCGCGAUGGACCCAAGAAAGUGUACAUCCAGCACAAGAUGCUCGAGGACGCGCAAACACUUGCGCACAUGCUGCGCGAGCAGAACGGAGUUUUCUACCUCUGUGGCCCGACGUGGCCUGUACCGGACGUGUUUGAGGCCUUGAGGACGGCUUUGGUGAAGCACCAUGGGUACACGUUGGAGGGUGCCGCGGACUUCUUGGAGAGCUUGAAGGAGGAGGAACGCUAUGUUCUUGAGGUGUACUAG